AUGGGACCUCAAGCAGAACAUGGAGCUGUCAGACGAGCAGCCAUUGCGGUGAAGUAUUACGCCACACUAACCCUUCAACGAUAUAGGAAAUUGCACAUCUAUGGCAAAGUCGCCGUUAUAGCUCUGAUUCUCUUCUAUAUUGUCCUCAUAACGACUAUACUUGUCGUAACUCCUGCUCGUAUCGCACAAGCUCUGUAUGAUGUCGCCCAGGACUUUAGCAACAAGCCGUACGGAUGGAUUUUGCUGAUGGGCCUCGUCGUUCUGCUCUCAUUCCCUCCCGUGAUCGGUCACACGACAUCUCUCUAUGUUUGCGGCUUUGCAUAUGGGUUGAAGGGCUUUCCGGUCGCUCUCGCCGGCUCUAUACUGGGCUCUACGCUUGCAUUUGUGACUCUACGUCUUCUCUUCAGUAGGCGACUACGCGCAUGGUCAUCUAAGAACGAGAGGUGGCAAGCUCUCGAGGCCGUAGUUAAUGCCAAGGGCCUUCCUCUCGUUAUACUCAUCCGAGCUUCGUCGUUCCCGCCGUGGGUGUACUCAAACAUGUUGUUUGCAUCCAUCGAAGCCGUAUCUGUAUGGCAAUUUAUAGUCGCCACAGUCUGCAUAUUCCCUAGGUUUCUGCUAUAUGUUUUCAUUGGAUCUCGCACGGCUGUAUUGUCGGAUGGAGAACAACGAGAGAAGAUGGAUACGCCCACGAAGAUCUUGAACGGUUUCUUAAUAGGUGGUGGUAUCUCAAUUAGUAUUCUAGCUAGCUGGGUGGUGUACAAUGCUAUGCAAAAACAACUCCGAGCAUUCUCACCUGAGAUUGACGAGCUAGCGGAAGAGGCGUUAGAAGAAGCUAACGAAGGUGCUCCACUCCUAGAUAAUUUCGAUACAGAUUCUCGCGACGCGGAGGUUUAAGAGCUCGUUGUCGCAGCGGGAUCAUUGCUCGAGGUAGACAGUGGAGAGCGAGGGGCAAGAGUGUAUAGGAAUGGAUUUUCUCGGUUCAGUUUAGUCACUUCAGAUACGCAGGGCAACAUACGCAAUUUUCGUCCACGGAUAGUCUGUUCUCUAAUAUUCUAGUCUCGUUCUAAUGGUACACACAACAACCCACCGGCAAACCCCUUGACCGAAGUCAAGAAGUCCAACAAACAAAUUGUGCGGGAAAUCUGCGGUGAAUGUCGACUAAUCCAGGAUGAGGCGCAUGCGUGCCCACUCCUCAGACCCCAAUUCUCCGAGGUGGCGGAGUCGAAGGCGUUGUCUGUACCUGGAGUUAUUGCAGCAGUCACGAGCCCGACAAUGAUCGCCCAGAUUCCGCACAACGACACUACACACCGUCAUCCUCGCCAGAUCCAGGACGUCCUUCUCCUCCACCAUUGCACAAUGUAUCACCGUAACCUCCUCGAUCGGCACGGGAACUGGGGCGACAUCAGGUGGCCCUCGACUAUUGUCGUCCGAUUUACAUAGGCGUGAAGUAACCAGAUCAACCAAUACCCGUCCAGAGAGCUGCUCGCACCACCUUAGAUCGAGCCUCCUCAACUUCGGACAGAGUCCGGCGGAUUCGUCCGACCCGUUACCAGCGCCCUUCAAGACCUCGAACACCUCGUCCGGCACCUCUGUCUCGUGCAACCUCAACUCUUCCAAACCAGGCAACGCUCUGAAACAUGACACGAAAGCAUCCUGCGGCAAGUCGAUAUCAUGUAAUGCCAACAACUUGAGCGGAGGCGUGACACGCUCAACGAAGUCGCGUAGAGAACCGCCUGUGACUUCAUGGGGAUAGUUGAGUGGCACUUCGCUAGACCAGAGAUAGAGAUCCCGCAGUGAAGGGGUGGAGAGAUGUUGCAGGAUGAGGUUGUAGUCCGGAAAGCCGUUUAUGGUGAGAGUACGUAUAUGCGGGAGGGUGGCCACAAAUGGCUCUGUCGGCGGGGCCGAGGUUAAGUCAGGGAAGGUGAUGAAGGCCUCGAACGAAGGUGGAACCACUAGGGUGAGGACUUCAAGGGAGGAGAGUUGUUCCAAGGAGGUAAGGAGGUCAAGAAGUCUCAUGGCCUGGUUCGGCAAGGGCGCGAGUUCUAAGCGGAGUUCUACCACGUUCGUUGGGAGCGUAACGGGGAGUUUGUUGAACGUGAUACCGAUGGUACGAAGGUUCGGCGCGGGCUGGAAAGCUUCAACCAGUUCAGCGAAAUCUUCCUCCUCCUCUAUCCCAGCUGCAAACGAUGCGAUCGAUACUUCCCGCAGUUGCGGUGCAGAAAUUCCAUUACAGAGCGAGAGUAUACCGGCGGCUUGUUGCACAAAUUUGGCGUUGAGAGUGAAGCUGUGCCAGCGGCCGACGUGGUCUAGCGCGUGCCGGACAGCAAGGUGGAGCUGAGUAUCACUUGAACGAGCAUCGACAGUAAUAUGAAGAGGUGAUUGUCCGGCGCGGGAUAUCCAAAGAUCAGUGCGUCGGAGUGGGUCUAAACUGUCACUCGAACAGUGGACGUGAGACCAUACCCUGGGAUAAGCCAGGGCAGCCCUUCGCCAUGAUGAACAAACAGCAGCGCAUACAAGAGGGGCCCUGUUCCACCCAUCAGCUGCGCAAAGCUCGAAUAUGUGGGCGAGAAUUUCGUCUGGAGCACGUCUUGCCAGUGUCAAAAUUCCUCGACAGCGCGAUAUUAUGUCCUCGUGUUUCUGUUUCUCCCUACGUAUAGCAUUAGCCUCUCGUGAAAGGUUAGAGAGUAUCUUGUCGAGUCCUGAGAUUGCUUGGCCAUGUCUAUGGAUCUCGUUGAGCACGGUCUGUAUGUCCGCCUGGGAGAGGUCCUUUCGAGAUGAAAGAACACGCAAGAUAGGAUCGGAGUUUAGUGGAACAAUACUGGUGGGGUCUUCAUGUAUGUCAGAAAUACCCUGUCCUUGUGGGCCAUCUGUCAAAUCCUCGGCAUUGUCCACGCUCGUUCUCGAAAGUCCUAAAGCCCUGCAGAUGC